GAAUCUUCUCUGCCUAUGCCUCAAUCACAGCCAAAACACAGUACUCAAACCCCAACCUCUCUUUCCCUUCUAAGGUCUUCCUGAUCAAACACAUCUAAUUCUUAAUGCUCUCAGUGUGGUCUUUGCUUUCACUCACAGAUUUCACGGGGGCAGAGGGACUGAGCAUGCUACAAUCAACACCACUAAUGUUUCAAAUAAAGGAAAUUGAUUCCCAGUUAUAUUCAAACAUAUUUGUCUGCCAGAACAGGGAUCCAUGGUGGGAAAUAUCUACACGCUCUUCCAACUGAAUUUCCCUCUGCAAAGAACAAGAUCAUUCAUCUCAAACUGACGUCCUCCUGAUCCCAUUCCAAAACCUGUCAGACUCAGUCUUCCAUCCAUUUCAUGUAAACUCCCCACACCUAUAUGUGACGGAUUAAUUGUUCAAUGUAAAUAAAUUAAACCAAUUUCACCACAGCCUUAACAAUAAUAAACCAUGAUGCCUCUGCUAUUAAGGGCAGGAAUCUGUACCUGAGAGUUCAUCUCUCUUUCCUAAUUCUCUCAGUUGCACUAUCAGUGCUGCUGAUGGUCACUGCUCGGCAGGUGAGGACUCAGGACAACUUUGGAUAAGUGCAUCUGAAACAUCACAGUUUAACCUUGGCUGACCACAGUUACCCCAUCCUUGCAGGCUUCACAGCAGCUUUCCCUAUUCAACAAAAUGUGCUGAGGCUCAAUGAAAGGAGCCCAGAUAACCACACAAUUCUGGCUCUCUCUCCAAACAACACUUUCCUCAGACAGCAGUGCCUGGUUCCUGGCAUCCAGAACAGGGGAAGCAUUUACAAAAGAGUAAAACAGCAACACAUCACAAAGAACAGUGGAGCCAGGAAAUAACAACACAAGACACAAAUAACACCAGCCCAGGGAAACUGUCACUACUGUGUGUGCAAAGCUGCAGGAAGCCCUGCACUUACCAACGUGUGAGUGGUCACCUGCAGGCAGCAGCCAGGGCCCUCAGUGUUGAGGCAUAGAAGGGGUUUUUGGCAGGGCAGAGGUCCCUGUGGUUGUAGAACAAAAACACAGGAAUUUAAAUUAAAAAAAGAAUUGGUCUGCGUGAGUCUGGGAUAUGGAGCUGUAGCGAUGGCUACCACAUCACAGACCUCCUGCCCUGCACACAGCAGCUUCUGCACAGAAAACAUAAAGAAGAAUCAUGGAGAACACGAAGAAUUGUGCGGCACUCAGCUACAUGUCAGCAAUGCAUGGACCAUGACAUGAGAAAUACACGAGGAUAAACUGAUAAAUAGAAUAUAAUGACAGGCACUAAAAUAAAAUCCACUGCAUAAAAUACAACUUGCAAUCCAUUUCAACAGCAAGGGAACUCUCCUUGUUAUUUCCAAAGAGGACAUGAUGAGAGCACCCCAAAUGGCUGAGAGACAGCAGUUCCUGGAGGCUGAUUUGAUUUCAAGCGUGAACAACGUCAGUCAGAGUAUCAAAUGAAGACAUUGCAGCAGAAAAAUCCUUGAAGCACCUUAAGAACAACUCAGCCCACGUUCUGGAUCACAAAUGAAGUGCUGCAGAAAUCAUUCUUUUCUGAAUGCCACCUCUUCACACAAGAGGGUCCUGAUGACAUCACAUCCUCUCCUAUAAGUUACACUGCCUCCAAAGUUCAGUGAGAAAGAUCAGCCGUGCUCCGCUGCACCGCCCCGAGGACGAUGGCCGGCUCUCCUGCACUGCUCCUCCUGCUCAGCCUGGGGCUCUGCUGCACCGGUGCCCAGGGACAGAGGAACACACUUGAGGUCAGGUUACGUGACAGGAAUAUGAAGCACCCCCAGGAGGGACAGCGGCUGGAACUGGAGUGCCUAAAUUAUGAGAUGAACAGAUCCCCCUUAUCUCUCUUCUGGAUCCGCCUGGAGAACGAUGGGAGACUUCACUUCAUUGUCUCUUGCUACCGCUGGUACGGUACUAACUACUAUUGGGAUGACAAAAAAUCUACACAGUUCCAGGCUUCACUGAGAGACAACACCUACAGACUGGUGGUGAAGUCCUUCAGCGCACAAGACGAGGGGAUCUAUUUCUGCAUCCAAUACAUCAACCAGGUGCUGCACUUCAGCUCUGGGCAACCCGCCUUCUUCCCAGGCACAACAACAGCAGCAACCACCACACACACAGCCACCACCCAGAGCAGCCAGCUCACCAAGAAGGACAGCUCACAACAGGGCUCAGAUGCAGGAACAAGCAACGAGAACACACCAAGAUUCUACUGUAAAAUGGUCAUGUGGGUUAACCUGGCUGUCACCUGCCUCCUGCUCCUCACUGCCAUAACCAUCACCAUCACGCACUGCCAAAGUAAGUCGCACCCUGACACCCUGCAGAGGUUCCUGCAGCCUCACACCACAGAGCACAGCCCGCUCCUCCAGGGCAAUGCGCUCUCUGCCUCUUGCCCUCAUGCAGCCAUUGCGCAUCCAGGACACAGGGAAUGCUGAAGGACUUAUCUUAAAAUUCUCUUCCGUAUUUUCCUCAUCACUAGUUUUAGAUUCAGAAAUAUAUAUCACAUCCUACACUUACAGACAAGAAAUUAUAAUCAGGCAGUAUUACAAUCAUGUACAGAAAUUAUAAACAAACAAGAAAUAACAAACAGCUUUGACUCUGCCAUCCUGAUAUCACCAUUUUGGGGUUGAAAAUGCCAGAAUCCAAAACAUUACUCAACCAUUUAUUUUGGCCUUCUCACACUGAUCAGGAUUACCAGUAAAGAUCCAUUAGCUGCAUUAAUUUCUGCAGCAAGCAGCACAAAUGCUGAAGGAGGGAUCGUUACACAACGUAUGCUAUCUCUGCUAAAUUUCUGGCUCAACACUUUAAUUCACUGGAAGAAAUUGACAGUAGUGACAGAGAAGCAAAAUGGGGAGAACUUUCAUAAAGGCAGGUUGAUCCUGAAGGGCUCCAAGUCAGCCUACAGCCAAAACAGAGCCUUUCACAGACUCUGCCUAAAAGCAGAACUGGGUAUUUUACUUCUCUGUUUUCAAACUUCAAUUUCAAAUGCAAGAUUGUGAUUGAAGAGUAAAUUCAGAAAUCUUCAUUGAUAGUCUGCAUUCCGCCUUGCUAAGUUGGUCAGAUGCUCCCAUGCUAACAGAAGAAGCAUCAGCAGUGCUGAAAUAAACACAGCCACGCGUCACACGCGCU